UGAGUUAUAUCUGUAACGUUUGUGAUCUCAGCACAGUAUAUACGAGGACUUGAUUAAACCAUUAUAACUUAAUUGAUUUAUAAUGAUAUACAUGGAUUAUUUAAAACAUUUAAAUGAUAUUCUUAAUUAUAAACUUUGAUUUCACUGUUAGAAUAAUAGUUAAACAUUUAAUAACAAUUUAAAUUGAUUUAACAUGGAAAUAAUAUUGUUUUAUUUCAUGUGUCAGAAUGAAUUAUAAAAAAAAAAGUUUGCAGGUUUUUAAGUAAGGAUAUAUUUCCUGAUUAACAACAGACAUUUAUGGAAAGAGGUUUUUUUGCAAUUACACCAAACAGACGUUGCAUUAGUUGAAACUUUAGAGCCUCAAGACCACAGACUGCGAAGCAAUUUAAACUUUUUGGACAGCACAGUUAACAUUAAUUGUACAAUUUAUCAUAAUAUAGAAACUACAUUUAAUUACUAUAAAGUCUAAAUAAAGUGUUUUGUUUGAUUUAAACAAACUGAGAAAAUGCAGGAAACACAAAUACGCAGCAGUUAACAGAGUAAAGAUAAAUAUAUAAAAUAAGAAAUAAUGGGUUAAUACAGUGAAAUCUAUUUAUAUAUAGUUGAAACAGUGUGACAAAAUAAAAUAAGAUUAUAAGAUAACAGAACAUUGAAUGUUUCUGUUUUUAACUUUGGACUAUCUAUAAACGUAUCAAUGAUGAACAUGGGUGGUUGUAGACAUCGGAUGUUAAGACUGGCUGUGCUGAACGUGAUUCAGCUGCUAGUUGGCGUGUUUGACUUUACAAGUGGACAUGGGAGAUUAUGGGAGCCGCCGUCUAGAUCAUCUAUGUGGAGAAGAGGAUAUAAUACAACAAUAAAUAUUAAUGAUAAUGAGCUUAGCUGUGGGGGAUUCACGAAUCAAUGGAUAAAAUAUGGUGGACUGUGUGGUGUGUGUGGAGACCCAUAUCAACAAUACCCACGUGAUAACGAAAUUGGCGGGAAAUAUGCUUCUGGUAUCGUCACAAGAACCUAUCCGAUUGGUGGAACAAUUGACGUCACAAUAGGUUUGACAGCCAAUCAUAUGGGAUAUUUUGAAUUCAGAUUAUGUCCUAUACUUGACCCAGCAACUGGCGAGUCACAAUAUUGCAUGGACAAACAUCAGUUGAAAAUAAUAAAUGGAGAAGACAACGGGUAUAGAUUUUACAUCCGGGAUCAGAAGCUAGAUGGAUUUAUUGACAUGACACUAAAACUUCCACGAAACUUUCUCUGUAAACAUUGUGUACUACAAUGGAAAUAUCAUACAGGUACUCGCUGGGGUUGCGACUCAAAUUUGAUAUGCGGGAAAGGCAUAGGUCCGCAAGAAGAAUUUUAUGGCUGCUCGGAUAUUUCCAUACAAGAUGUGUCAAAAAUAAUUUACAAUGAGCCCGACUUGAAAACAAAAUCUGGAGAGGGACAAAACCAUCUCGGGGCUUUCAAAAAAUCACAUACGGUAAUUUGGAGUAUCAAGCCGACUGUACCAGCAAACUAUCAAACAAGCAAUCUUGUCAAAGAUACAAAAGUGGUUAUAGAAUCCCAUACACGGCGCACCUUGAGUCACAGACAUAAUAAACAUAUGGCGACUUUAAGACAUUUUCUGGAAGAAUUAACAUUAAAUGCAUUGUUUAGUUAUUACGGACCUAAAGAUAAAAGUAAAGCCUUUCGCUGUAGACCAACAGUAAAGUAUGAGAAAAACCCAAUCGUCAAUGAGUUUUGUAUUAAAGUGUGUUCGCAUGAUUUAACAGUAUGUCCUGAUAUUCUAUGUUCUUGUUCACAAAAUACUAAUUCUAGGGCAGAAAAUAGACAAACCUACCAAAUAAAGCAGCACAAAUUAGAUAGAAAUCAUUUGAAGAAUUUUGCACGAGAGCUUAUAUCGAAAAACAGACUAGUUGAAAAUUUCCCAGCAGAUGUGAUAGAAAAAGAUUUCAGAGGGCAUAACGUAUAUCCUGAAUCUGAGGGGAGACAGACAAAUAUACCUCGACUAGGAAAAAUGCAAGUGUUUAAACAUUCAGAAAAUCACUUGCCAAUUUUUCAUGAUGAUAGAAAGUCAACCAAAGCUUUACAAGAGAGUAGCUUCCUACCAUUGUACGGUGUACAACACAACAUUGGAAACAGACAUUUGACCAAUUUUAUGACAACAAAGGGUUUAGACUUUAGGUCGACUUUAGAUCCAGAUAAGAUUGUUCAUUUACCAUCACAGGAAGUGAUUAAACCAAAGAUUAUGUUAUGUACGGCGUCGAUUAGUUUCGCUCAUAAUCCAUUCAUGGCAAAAUGGUGUAACACAAAUUGUCGUUUUGGAUUUUGCCCUCCUCGAGUAUGUUCGUGUAACUAUUAGAACAUUAUAAUACAUUCACGAUAAUGAUACAUUCACGAUAACGAUACAUUCACGAUAAUGUUACAUUCACGAUAAUGAUACAGAUAUAGAUCAUGUGACAUAUAGAAUUUCCCAUUCAUAGAACAUCAUAUAACUUUUUACAUUUGAUUAAAUUGAACGAGACUUUGACUAUAGCUGGCGAACUCCAUAUGUGGUUCACUGAGAUCAGAAUAUCUUAAAUAUUAAAUACAAUUUCGAUAUACGUUAUAUUAUAUUCACAAUGAAAACGCUUUUUCUUUAUUGUUAUAACAAAAAUGUCUGAGAACUUCAAUCUGAAAAUAAUACCCUUAGUUAAACUUCUUCUUCUACCAAAUAUUUGUCCAGAAUAUUCCUAUAUUCUUCUUUUUAUAAACGCACGAUGUUUAUACCACGUGACAGUCUGUGAUCUAUAUAUGUGACCGGAAACCAAUACAAAUAGGAUGACGGUAGUAUUUUCUUCUAUAACUUUGUAAAUGUUAAAUUAUUUUACUCGGGUUAAAGUGUAGAAGCCGCUCAUUUUAGCAAGUAACCCGUGUCUAUUACCAUUUACCAAAAAAAAGGGAAAUUUUCGUGCGAAUCUCUAUACAUGUUUUCGUAUGCUUUAACAAUUUGAUAAAACUAUUAACUGCAAUGCCCAUAUAACAAUAAUAACUUCAAAGAUUAUUUGCAUUCCAUGAUAUAACUGUCAUUUGUUCAUAUUCAUUUGAUUUGAUUUUGUUUACUGACUUUGCUCACAUGUUAUUACAUUAUACUUGUAGAUUGUAAUCUGUGUCAUUCUAAAUAAAGUAUAUGUUCUGUUCUGUUUCUUAAGAAAAAUCAGUAUUUGUUUAGUAAAGUAAAACGGCGUGAAUUUCUGAAUGUUCAAACACGCAGUUUCACUUUACGAAAGAAAAAACAGCUUUUCUUUAAAAAAAACAUAUAAAGUUCUGACAGAUUUUAAAGAAAAUACUAAUUGAACCGUAUUUUGUAUUGCCUCACGCAGAUCACAUAAAGUCACGUGGUAUUGGCACCGUGUACACAUGUAUCUUGAUAUUUGUCACGAGUAGAUCUUAUAUUUAUACGGAUAAUACUAGUAUGUAUUGUUUAUGUUGUUUGUGUCAUAAUAUAUGCUGCUAUUUUCAUCAAAUAAAUUUAAGCAAAAUAAUUUUAGAAAUUGUAACACGUGUUUGUAUACCUUUUCAAAG